CACAGGUAGAAAAAGAUGCUGUGGCAGCACCGAUAACCUUUGGCGGAAACUUGACAACAUACUUGACAACAUGGCGAUAGCACGACCGAUCAGAGUGCUGGCUCUGGCAGCAAUAGGCCUAUGGAUAUUCUUCGCAUACCAGAUCUUUGGCCCUGAGAAGGCGCCUAUGGUAGGGGGGGAAAAAGUCGAGAACAUGGAGCGAGAUCCCAAUCUAGAUGGUAUGCUAUACCUAUGCCAAUGCGCGCCUCAGAACUCACUGAUAACCUUCAACAGUCACUGGAGAGCCUGAGGGACUAUUACAUCGAGUGGACGAGGGCUACGGGCUUGGUGCUGCUGGCACGGCGCGGAUCAAUGCGACUUUACUGUCGUUGGUGCGGAACGAAGAGAUCGAUGGAAUGGUUCAAGCAAUGCAGGAUUUGGAAAGGACGUGGAACCACAAAUUCAAUUACCCGUGGACCUUUUUCAAUGAUGUUCCAUUCACAGAAGAAUUCAAGACGCGAACUCAAGCAGAAACCAAGGCUCAAUGCAAUUAUGGUACAUAUUCAGCUUCAACCUCAGCUCCAUUUUUCGUGGUGCUGAAUGAAAUAAUGCUAACCUCAUACUCUAGAGUUGAUCCCAACAGAACAUUGGGAGGUCCCAUCCUGGAUAGACGAUGCCUUAUUCGACGAAUCGGCCCAAUUGCUCAAAGAACACGACAUCCAGUAUGGAGACAUGAAAUCCUAUCAUCAAAUGUGUCGAUGGAACUCGGGUUUAUUCUAUAAGCACCCCGCCCUGGCCAAUACACAAUUCUACUGGCGUGUAGAGCCAAAAGUCCAUUUCUUCUGCGAUGUAGACUACGAUAUUUUCCGGUACAUGGCAGAUCACAAUAAAACCUACGGUUUCACAAUCAAUCUGUACGAUGCGCCCCAAUCGAUACCUACACUUUGGCCUGAAACAGUCAAGUUCUUAGCUGCUCACCCAGAGUAUGUCCACCCAAACAAUGCCAUGAACUGGCUCACCGACAAAACUCGCCGUCCAGGUCACAAUGACGAGGCAAACGGGUACUCAACAUGCCAUUUCUGGUCCAACUUUGAAAUCGCCAACUUGGAUUUCUGGCGAAGUCAAGCAUAUGAAGACUACUUCAACCACCUUGAUCGAGCAGGAGGAUUCUUUUACGAACGAUGGGGCGAUGCCCCUGUGCACAGUAUCGCCUUGGGAGUCAUGGAGGACGCAAGCAAAAUCCAUUGGUAGAAAUCCAUUUCCCAUUUCACCCCACACUCAUCCCUUUACUAACCACUUAUGUAGGUUCCGAGAUAUUGGCUACCAACAUAUUCCAUAUUUCAAUUGUCCCAACUCACCCAAAUGUAAAGGAUGUGUUGCAGGCCGCUUCACCGAUGGAGAGGCCUGGUUGAUGCAAGAAGAUUGCCGACCCAACUGGUUUAAAUACGUUGGGCUGGGCUGAGUAAAUCAAAACCUACAUACUCGAGUUUUGUUUUUUUUGGGCGAUUUGUAACACCAAAUAUUUACCCUCUGGUACUGGUAUACUAUUGUUUAUGGAAAAUUGGGAGGGGCAUUAUACGACCAAAUGAUAGACUAGUCAGGCAUUGGCAAUGGCGUUUCUGGGAUUCGGAGGAAAUGAGCGAGAAGAGUAUAUAUGCUCAUCGUUGU